AUGACCAUCCGAUGGGCACAGGAGCCUUCCUCUACUAUACAAGUUCCAGUGAAAACAGAUGUGUCUGAAGAGAGGCUAGGUGACAGCAGUGGUACAGAAAAUGGUGAAAGCUACAGUGACAAGGACACAGAUCAGAGGUCCCCUCCUGAUGUGAAGCCCUGCUGUACCCCAGAGAGUCCAGAGGUGGUGUCAGUGGAUGAAACAGGUUAUCCAGUGCGGAAAAAUUGCAGCAGUGCAGAAAGUACCUCUGAGAGCCCAAAGUACCAGGCUGAACACAACCAUCUUCUGAUUGAGGGCUCAUCUGGUACUGUGUCUUUGCCUUUCAACCUGAAAUCCAACAGACCUCCUCUUGAGGUCCUGAAAAAGAUAUUUCCAAGCCAGAAGCCCACUGUGCUAGAACUGAUAUUGAAGGGGUGUGGAGGUGACCUUGUUGGGGCUGUGGAAGUUCUUCUGUCAAGCCGAUCCUCUGUGACUGGUGAGAGAACUACAACAGAACCUGACAGCAUUGUGUUACCACCUAAUGGCCAUUUAUUUGAACACACCCUUAGCUCCUACCCCCCCCCUAUCAUCCUCCAAGUGGUCAGUAGGGUCAGCUUUCAGAGUACCUGACACGCUACGAUUUUCUGCAGAUUCCAGCAAUGUGGUAACAAAUCCCUUAGCUGUGCCCCUACAGCAUCCUUUCCCGCAACCUCCAAGGUACCCUCUCCUCCUGAGAAACACUUUGGCAAGAAACCAGUCUAGUCCUUUCCUGCCCAAUGAUGUUACCUUGUGGAACACUAUGACCCUACAGCAGCAGUACCAGCUUAGAUCACAGUAUGUCAGUCCCUUUUCUGGCAACCCUACC